CUCUUCCCUUCCUGGCGACUCGAUUCAACUCUGGGCAUCAGCACCGAAUCAGCCGGGCCGAAGCAGCAGCAUCAGCAUCAGAUAGGGCGGAAGGAAUAAGCCUCCACUUUUCAUCGAUGGACUCGUUCAGACUAGGGCAGCCAAUGCAGAGCGAGCUUUUGCCGACAAUACUGUCUUUUCGAGCAACAUCACAUGGAUCAUAGUGAAUACCCAAAUCCCGAGAUGUCCUGUUGUGCUCGAAAGUCUUUCGAGAAUUUGUCAAUACGAUACACAGAUUCCAGUUUAGAUCAGAUUGGGGGAGAGAAGUUUUCCAAACACUUGCUCGCGCCUUUCGCUGUUUGACAUUGCAACAACAAUUUCCACAGAGACUUUCUGUGCAGAUGACUGGAUAAGCUUGACUACUUUGGUUCACACUGAGAUCAUGGAGGCGAAGAUGACUUCGAGCUAUUGCGCCGAUUCUUGUAAGGUCCGUGGAACAUUGACCCAUUAUGGAUGGGUUCCACACUCGAUGUGCAGGUCAGUUGCUUCCAUGAAAUGGAGCUGGAUUAUUCUCUGUGAUCUCCUUUUCAAGUCGCACCAGCACAUCAUCAUUGAACCGCAACACCUUGGAGCUCUAGGUGUUGUAAUGUACUAUGUAUGUUUUCCGGGCAGCCUAUUUGCAAAAUGUUGAGGUUCAUGUGUGGUGGUUUGUAUUGACUGGUUAUUUCCACGAUCCUUCGUAAAAAUUAUUCAAGACUUCCGAUCACGACAGCGAACUCUAGAUGCUGUCAAUUCCCUUUUUUCGAAUCUGCUUUCUUACGGCUAUGAUCAGACCUCGAAAACUUGAUGGUCACAAUCUACCUACGUAUGUGGUGAUGAAACUCCUA